AUGAGCGGGGGCUAUAAUGUAGAGAAAAAGGAUAUUGAAGAUAUUGUAAAGAAAUCUGCCUAUUUUACCCGCGGGGGCUUAAAUUCGCCUUAUGUGGAUCAGGAAGUGAAGAUUGGUGUGGAUGGUAAUGGGGAAGGAGUGUUCAGGACUGAAAGGAAAUAUGUGCAUCCGCAAAUUAUUUUUGCGGAGAUUGUGGCUUUUUUGUUUAAUUUUGUGAGCUGCUUUGGGCAUAUGGAUUUUGUGGCAUUGUUUGACGCGGGGGCAUGCUUGGACGUGGAUGUUGAGGGACGCCGAUCUCUUAGAUCGUGGGAUGAAUUGAAGAGAGUGGCAAGAAAAUGUCUGCUGAAAUGGCAUACUGAUAAAGCGGGGGCUGGGGGAUUAGAGGCUUGUCAACUGGCACACAAGGCUUUUGGCUAUCUUAUUCAAGAAGGGCAAGCGGGGGCACAGGCUUAUAUAGAAGCAAUGAACCAAGUUAAUACUGAUGGAUAUCGCCUCUGGGACUUGAGCGCGGACCCGGCAGCACAUGAACAACAUUUGAGUCUUGCUGAAGCGAUCAGGCUUUAUGGAAAGAGGGAACCGGUUGUAAAGGAUCCAAGUGGGGGCCAAUGUUUACAUUGUGGGAGCGUGGGGCAUCAGGUCUAUUUUUUGUAUUUUUAA